UAAUUACAACAACAUUGUAUUGUAGGCUACUCUUUUACAAUUUCUUUCGCUACCCGUUUUAGUAAGUUAACUUCAAAAACGACCUUACAAUUUUGAAAACUCUCAGAUUUAUUCCAAAAUAUUGCUUGAAAUUUGAGAAUCUAGAUUGGGUUUUCAAGAGGAGAAUGGUGAAUCUCAUUUCAAAGAAGGGAACUUGGCGUUCAUUGCGGUGGUUGUGGUGGUUGUUGCUCUGAUGGAGGCCGGAGAAAAGAGGCUGCGGGAGGUGGAGAGUGUCGAAACGUCUGUCUUUGUCCGCCGCGGUGGUUGUCGGUUUUUCUAAAUCGACGAUAAAAAAACUCCAAUUCUUUAUUUUACGAUGUGUUUGAGCUGACUUAAUCUUGUCCUAAUGGAAGUUUGAGUUGUUAAAUUUAAGUUUCUAAAAUUGUUUAAUUGCAGGUAGCUUUAAAUGCCAAAGUUCAUGUUUGGGAUGACUUUAUCUUGCUGGGUUAAUUGUUUGAUGUUGUGUUGUUAUCUUGGUUCUCAGUAGCUUCCAAUGCGUGUUCAAGGAGUUUAUAAUUCUUCAUGUUGAAUCAUCUUCAUUCAAAGAGGCCAUGAAGAUGGUUUCUGAAGUAUACCAUCAUUGAAGAUCGAUGGACAUUGAGGACUAGUUUAUUUUAACGGUAUCAUGGAUGAAGGGCUGGGCGAUAACAUGGAUGCGGCCAAGGGAGCUCACCUCAGUAGUAAAGAGAAUGAAUGAAUAUUCCCUUAAACUACUUGGAAGUUCGAACAAGUUGGAAUCUCAUGAGAUGAUUACAUACAGUCAAGAUGCAUCUGAACAGCCGUGCGUUAGCCCUCGGUUUAUGGAUGAUGGCGGGAAUAUAAUGGAAGAAUUGACAGUGAGGAAUUAUGAUAGUUCAAACUUAGCUAUAGUUGGAAACUCAGCUGACACUCUUUCAUAUGCAUGGAUUGUGAAACCAUUGCAACACAGAAUGGAAAAUCAUUGAUUGUUUUCAAUGAGACUGAUCUUGCACCCAAAGCGCUCAGUAUCAAGUGAAAAUUGCACGUUCAGAUCUACCACCCUUCAAAACUUCUCUGCAUCCAGCUACGAGAAAGAUUCUAUACAAUCUAAAUUUUCAGAGACCCUACAUGGUGUUUUCAUGAAGGCAAGCGCUGGGAUGUUAGAAAAGUUGCAAAAUGUGUAGCCGUAUGUUACAUUUCGGUAGGAUAGAGAAAAUUACACAUCUUACUCCUUUUUGUACAUUCGUUACAAACACACCUUCUUAUAUGUUUUAUUAUCAAGCGUACCUAUUUUUAA